AUGGCCCAGUCGGACAGGAAACCCUCUUUGGGCCAACACCAGGAGCCCACCCCGCCACCCAAGGUCUCCGCGUUUGUCCAGAAGCUGUAUGCCAUGCUCAAUGAUCCCCAGCUCUCCCAUCUGAUAUGGUGGAGCAGGACGUACCAAAACGACUUUACCACGUUUGCGUUACUGCCCGGAGCAGAGUUUGCGAACGCCUUGACGGGCUAUUUCAAGCACGGCAACGUUGCGUCCUUUGUGAGACAGCUGCACAUGUACGGUUUCCACAAAGUGUGCGACAACAACCCUCCUCCUGUUCCACCUUCCAGGCCGAACGAGGGCUUGUCUGAGGAGGAGCUGAAAAAUAUGCAGGUGUGGGAGUUCCGCCACUCCACGGGGAGAUUCCGUAAGGGCGAUGAAGGGUCGCUCUGCUACAUCAAAAGACGCUCAUCGGGCACUACAAAGGCUACGUCCGAACAGGCAACAGAGUUUGUCGCUGCGCAGUAUUAUCCGCCCCAACAGCCGCAUUAUGACCAUUUCUACCAGCCCGUGGAGUACCAGCCCACGGUGUACAUCCCGUACCAUGAUGUCCCGCCGCCGCCCCCACCGCAUCAGCAAGUAUCCUACGAGUACAACAGUCACAUUGUUUUGCCUUCCAUGCCGGACGUGGAACACAAGUCCCGAAAUGCGACUAUUAAUACACACAUCAGCGACAACACUGAGGUUUCGUUCCAGUCCUCGUCCCGAAACAGAUAUCCGUCGGUGUUUUUGGACCCUUUAGCCCCAGCGCCGCACAUAGCACCACUCCCCCCGCAGAACCAUGUACCAUUACAAUAUUACCCCCAUUCCGACCAGCAGUACCCUCCCCUGCCAGCGCCACCCCAUGUUGCGAACCAAAGACGAACGGGCUCAUAUCCCAAAAUGUCUGCACCCCUGAUGCAGCACGAAAUGCGCCUGCCGCGGUCCAUUCCGAACGAGUACUUCCCUCAGUCGCCUGCUCCACAGUCGCCGGCCCUGCCUCCCCAUCGCUUUAACUCCCCCGUCUCCAGACCCGCACCUUCGCAACCACUCACCCCACGCAGGACCACGCCGCCCCCACAACCUCCUUCCCACCAGCGCAUUAUGCAAAUGAGACCCUCUGUAUACGAUGUCCAGCACAACAUAAACUCGGUCUCCUCCAUUUCCACCGGCGGUUCCAACUCCAUCUUCAGCAGGACCUCUGUGGGGUCCUCCAUCGUGGGGCCACCAUCUUCUAUGGUGCCGCUCAUCACCGUUACCAACCCACAAACUUCUAGUGGGGGCAGGAACUCCUCCAUCUCGGACCUUCUCAACUCAGAGUCCCAGUCGCACCUCCAGUCCAUCGAGCCUGCCGCUCAGAAGGACACAAAGCGCUCGUUCGACUCCGAUUCUGAGCCUGAGGAAGAUUUGAUGGCCAAAAAGAAACUCAAACUCAGUUCGCUUGUCCAAGACUAA